AACAAGAAUAAACCCAAACAUCUUGGAGUAAUGGAAACGAUGGUAAUGAGCAACAAGCAAGUCAUCUUCAGAGACUACGUUACCGGAUUCCUUAGCGAAUCCGACCUUUUGAUCAACUCUACCACCGUAAAUCUUAAGGUACCGGCUGGAUCAAUGACAGCGUUGGUGAAGAAUCUCUACUUGUCUUGCGAUCCUUACAUGCGCAACCGUAUGAGAAAGCCUGAUCCCUCUAGUCCCGCUACUGCUCUGUCUUUCGUUCCCGGCAAGCCUAUCUCAGGGUUUGGAGUGUCUAAAGUGAUGGAUUCAGGGCACCCAGAUUACAAAGAAGGUGACUUGCUUUGGGGAGCUGUUGGAUGGGAGGAGUACAGUGUUAUCACUCCUAUUCCUAAUAUUCACUUCAAGAUCCAUCACACAGAUGUUCCCUUAUCCCACUACACUGGUCUUCUUGGUAUGCCUGGUAUGACUGCAUAUGCUGGGUUUUAUGAGAUCUGUUCACCAAAGAAAGGAGAGACUGUGUUUGUGUCAGCUGCAUCUGGUGCUGUUGGUCAGCUUGUUGGGCAGUUUGCUAAGCUGAUGGGUUGCUACGUCGUUGGAAGCGCCGGAAGCAAAGAAAAGGUUGAUCUUCUCAAGAACAAGUUUGGAUUCGAUGAUGCAUUCAACUACAAGGAAGAAAACGAUCUCAACGCUGCCUUAAAGAGGUGUUUCCCUGUAGGCAUUGACAUAUACUUUGAGAACGUGGGAGGCAAAAUGCUGGACGCAGUGAUCCUAAACAUGAGACCACACGGCCGCAUCGCAGCAUGCGGUAUGAUCUCACAGUACAAUCUGCAGGUUCCUGAAGCAGUAUACAACCUCUGGCUCAUUACCUACAAACGUAUACGUAUUCAAGGGUUUAACACCAUCGAUUACUUGCCCAAGUACUCGGAGUUCUUGGAGUUUGUUCUUCCCUAUAUACGACAAGGGAAGAUAACGUACGUGGAAGAUGUUGCUGACGGGCUCGAGAACGCUCCUGCUGCGCUCGUUGGACUCUUUCAUGGUAAGAACGUUGGGAAACAGCUUGUCGUGGUUUCUCGUGACCUUGACUGGGGACAAGUAUCAAACUGUUGAACUGUGUGGUCUUGUUUUCUUGUGUAAUACGUAAGAAAUAGUCUAAAACUCUAAAUAUUAUAGAAUAAGAUGUGUCUCUUGCAACUAAGCAAAUCAGUGUUAGUUAUAAAACAAGUGAGGGUCUUAAUCUUUCUCUUUAUUAAUAAAAUAAACUCUGUUGCUUCAACAAUAUAAAGAAAUCAAUUGCCAAA